UCACACUUUUAUCCCUACGUUCUAAGAAAAUUACGACUCUGGCCUGUCACCCGACUGAGGCAAGAUCCAGGAGAAGACUGCAAAGCCCUCGUUCAUCGUCAUCUCCCUUCAUUUCUACUCUAUCCAAUUCUCUCUCUAGAAAUACUCCAAAUCCAUAAACCUCUUGCUGCUGCUGAUCGUGGAUGCCGUCGCGGGCCUUUGUCGAUUUCUUACGUAUUGAUCAGAUCUGAGGUUUUGAUGCUAUCCGAUUCUGUGCAGAGUUUAUCGUUUGAAGAUGUUGACGAAGUUCGAGACCAAGAGUAAUAGAGUCAAAGGACUGAGUUUCCAUACUAAGAGGCCAUGGAUCCUUGCAAGUCUUCACAGCGGAGUGAUCCAGCUAUGGGACUAUCGGAUGGGCACACUUAUUGAUAGAUUUGAUGAGCAUGAGGGGCCUGUUCGCGGCGUUCACUUUCACAAGUCUCAGCCUCUAUUUGUUUCCGGAGGGGAUGAUUACAAGAUUAAAGUAUGGAACCAUAAGACUCAUAAGUGUCUGUUUACUCUUCUUGGACAUCUUGAUUACAUCCGUACUGUGCAAUUUCACCACGAGUGUCCGUGGAUUGUGAGUGCUAGUGAUGAUCAGACUAUUCGUUUAUGGAACUGGCAAUCACGCACUUGCAUUUCUGUGUUGACUGGCCAUAACCACUAUGUUAUGUGUGCUUCGUUCCAUCCCAAGGAAGAUCUUGUUGUGUCAGCUUCUCUUGAUCAGACAGUGCGUGUAUGGGACAUUGGUGCAUUAAGAAAGAAGACAGUAUCCCCAGCUGAUGAUGUGCUUCGGUUGAGUCAGAUGAAUUCUGAUCUCUUUGGUGGUGUUGAUGCUGUUGUUAAAUAUGUUUUGGAAGGUCAUGACCGAGGAGUUAAUUGGGCAGCUUUCCAUCCUACCUUGCCGUUAAUUGUGUCUGGUGCCGAUGAUCGUCAAGUGAAAUUGUGGCGAAUGAAUGAUACGAAGGCAUGGGAAGUGGACACACUAAGGGGGCACAUGAAUAAUGUUUCGUGUGUAAUGUUCCAUGCAAAACAAGACAUUAUUGUCUCCAAUUCAGAGGAUAAAAGUAUUCGUAUUUGGGAUGCAACGAAGCGGACUGGACUUCAGACUUUCCGUCGCGAGCAUGACCGGUUCUGGAUACUUGCUGCUCAUCCUGAGAUGAAUCUACUCGCAGCUGGUCAUGACAGUGGCAUGAUUGUUUUUAAGUUGGAGAGGGAAAGGCCUGCAUUUGCUAUUAGUGGUGAUUCUCUAUUUUAUAUAAAGGACCGUUUUCUGCGCUUCUAUGAGUUUUCAACUCAAAAAGACACCCAAGUAACCCCAAUUCGAAGGCCUGGUUCCACUAGCUUGAAUCAGAGCCCUAGGAGUCUCUCUUUUAGCCCCACAGAAAAUGCUGUUCUUAUUUGCUCGGAUCUAGAUGGGGGGUGCUAUGAACUGUACACCAUUCCUAGAGAUAGCUUUGGUAGAGGUGAUAACGUGCAAGAUGCCAAGAGAGGAACUGGAGGCUCAGCAGUAUUUGUGGCUCGGAAUAGGUUUGCUGUGCUUGAUAAAAGCAACAACCAAGUCUUAUUGAAAAAUCUUAGGAAUGAAGUUGUUAAAAAGACUCCCCUACCCAUAACCACAGAUGCAAUCUUUUAUGCUGGAACUGGUAACUUAUUGUGUAGGGCAGAGGACAAAGUAGUUAUAUACGAUCUUCAGCAGAGAAUUGUUCUUGGAGAUCUGCAAACCCCUUUCGUGAAAUAUGUUAUAUGGUCCAAUGACAUGGAAAGUGUUGCCUUACUCAGUAAACAUGCAAUUAUUAUUGCUAAUAAAAAGCUUGUACACCAGUGCACUCUUCACGAGACAAUUCGUGUAAAGAGUGGAGGAUGGGAUGAUAAUGGCGUCUUUAUUUAUACAACUUUAAACCACAUAAAAUACUGCCUUCCCAAUGGAGAUAGUGGUAUAAUCAGAACCCUUGAUGUUCCAAUAUAUAUUACAAAGGUUUCUGGCAACACACUCUUUUGCUUGGAUAGGGAUGGGAUAAAUCAGCGUUUCAUUAUUGAUGCAACAGAAUACAUAUUCAAACUCUCUCUGUUGAGGAAGAGAUUUGACCAUGUCAUGAGCAUGAUAAGGAACUCACAGCUCUGUGGGCAAGCAAUGAUUGCAUAUUUGCAACAAAAGGGGUUUCCUGAAGUUGCACUUCACUUUGUGAAGGACGAGAGAACCAGGUUCAAUUUGGCUCUUGAGAGUGGAAACAUUCAGAUUGCAGUUGCAUCUGCUACAGCAAUUGAUGAGAAAGAUCAUUGGUAUAGGCUGGGUGUGGAGGCUCUUCGCCAAGGCAAUGCAGGCAUUGUGGAAUAUGCCUACCAGAAGACAAAAAAUUUUGAUAGGUUAUCGUUUCUUUAUCUCAUAACUGGUAACACAGCAAAACUGUCCAAGAUGUUAAAGAUUGCUGAAGUUAAGAAUGACGUCAUGGGUCAAUUUCAUAAUGCUCUAUAUCUCGGUGAUGUCCGGGAGCGUGUAAAGAUCUUGGAGAGUGUUGGCCACUUACCUCUUGCUUAUAUCACCGCAUCAACCCAUGGUCUACAUGAUGUAGCUGAAAGGUUAGCUGCUGAAUUGGGAGAUAAUGUUCCAUCUUUACCUGAAGGAAAAGCAGCAUCGCUGUUAUUGCCCCCUACUCCUGUUAUGUGUGCUGGUGACUGGCCACUUCUGAGAGUGAUGAAAGGUAUAUUUGAAGGUGGGCUGGAUAAUGUGGGUGGUGGUCCUGCAGAUGAUGAUGAGGAGGUUGCAGAUGGUGAUUGGGGGGAGGAGCUGGAAGUAGUUGAUGGCGAUGGCUUACAGAAUGGGGAUGUGACAGCAAUUUUGGAGGAUGGGGAAGGUGCAGAAGAAGAUGAGGAAGAAGGGGGAUGGGACCUUGAAGAUUUGGAGCUCCCACCUGAAGCUGAUACUCCAAAAGUAUCAGUCAGUGCUCGUAGUUCGGUUUUUGUGGCCCCAACACCUGGCUUGCCUGCCAGCCAGGCUUGGAUUCAGCGGUCAUCCCUCGCUGCAGAACAUGUUGCUGCUGGUAAUUUUGAUACUGCAAUGCGGCUGCUUAACAGGCAACUAGGAAUUAAAAACUUUGCUCCUUUGAGAACCAUGUUUCUGGAUCUUCAUGCUGGAAGUCAAACCUACAUUCGCGCUCUUUCAUCUGUUCCCAUACUAACAUUGGCAGUAGAACGAGGAUACAAUGAAUCUGGUAAUGCAAAUGCAAAAGGAUCCCCUGCACUUAUUUUCAGUUUCUCUCAGUUGGAAGAGAAGCUUAAAGCUGGUUAUAAAGCCACAACAUCUGGGAAGUUUGCUGAGGCUCUUCGUCUCUUUCUCGGCAUUCUUCAUACCAUUCCUCUGAUUGUUGUCGAGUCUAGGAGGGAAGUCGAUGAGGUGAAGGAGUUGAUUAUUAUCGUCAAAGAGUAUGUUCUGGGUUCGCAAAUAGAGCUUAAGAGGAGGGAACUUAAGGACAAUCCCGCCCGUCAGAUGGAGCUUGCAGCCUAUUUUACUCACUGUAACCUUCAAAUGCCACACUUGAGACUUGCUUUAUUAAAUGCUAUGUCAGUCUGCUACAAGGCAAAGAACCUUGCCAGCGCCGCAAACUUUGCCCGGAGGCUGCUAGAAACCAAUCCCCCAGUUGAGAACCAAGCAAAGACAGCCAGGCAAGUGAUACAGGCUGCAGAGAGGAAUAUGAAAGAUUCACAUGAACUGAACUAUGAUUUUAGAAACCCUUUCGUGACCUGUGGAGCGACUUAUGUGCCAAUCUAUCGAGGACAGAAGGACGUCUCGUGCCCAUACUGUAGCUCCAGGUUUGUGCCAAGUCAGGAAGGGCAACUCUGUACCGUGUGUGAUCUUGCUGUUGUUGGGGCCGAUGCAUCUGGUUUACAUUGUUCUCCCACUCAAGUUCGAUGAUGAUCGGACAGUCACAAUCCGGUUGGAUCAUUUCUCGAUCUCCUCGACGCAUCCUUCCAACUAAGGAGCCAGACGAUUAUCUCAUAGAGUCAUUCAGACGUACUCGUGGAAGGUAAACAUUGAAAAAUACUGUGCUGUCUGCUACUUAAAAUUUCUUCUACCUAUUUUUGUUUCUUUAGUUGAUUGUGAUUCCCUGUAAUAAAGUUUUCAGAAUUUUGACGUAGAUACAUGCUAGGUGUACUGAUAGGUAAGAAUACUGGAGUCCCCUUUCGGAUUAGAUGAUUGUUACAGGUCAGGGACACAUUUUAAACGAUAAUGUAUGCAAGGCCCUCGGGUCUUUUUCGAUAUUCUAUGAAAAGCUUGUGUUGUUUUA